UAUUAUUUCGAACUGCCUAGCCAGAUUGGUCUAGAGCAUUUAUAUGUUUCAAGAUUCGUAUGAUUAAAGAUCAAAAAGGAUGAAACCGGUUACUGAUACUGAAACGGUUACUUCUGAGGAUAAAGUUAGAAAAUCUUUACAUGAACUUCAGCCUUCAGCUACUGAUAAGGAAACUUUAGUUGGUGCUGAUAGAAUGAUCAAAUCUACUCAACAAACAAAAGAAGUAAAAUCAAAAAAAAAUGUACCUACAAAAAAGAAAAAAGAUGCUUUCAAAAAUCAAGUAAAAGUGACAACCAAUAACAAAGCUGUUCAAACUGUGAAAGAGGAAAAGGGAGAAAUUGACGCUGAGGAUCUAACAUGCACAGAUUUAGCUGGUCCGAGUGAAAAUUAUUGGCAAGUAUUAGCUGAAAAGAGGCGAUUAGCGCUUAAGGAUACUUUAGAAGAAAAUAAAGAACUCGCAAAACGUAACGAAAAGUUAGAAGAAGAAAGUCGUAUUUAUAAAUUAAUGUUGGAUGAAGCAAGAGCUCUUAUUGAAGUGUUGCAGGACAUGAUGGAAGAUGACAGAAACGAUAUAAAUAAUUCAUUAGAAGACAGUGUCCUUUGAUUUACGAGUUCUUACAGUUAUAACGAAAGUUAAUCAAAAAUUUUUAUAUAAAAAUGUUGAACGCAUCCAAACUCAUAAAAGCCGAUAUUUCAAACUUAUGUACAUAUUAUUGAAAAAUAAUCUUAUUUAAAAUACGUAACUAAUAUUUCAAGUCAAAGGAUUCUUGAGUAAAUUGUUGAUGAAAAACUAUACAUACAUAUACUGUAUUCAAUAGUUCUACUAUUGAAUAUUAUAAAUAUUUCCAAACGUUUUUUAUAUCUUAGAGUCUUAGAGAGAGAUACUAAAUGCAAUAUUUAUAAUCUUCAUCAAAAUAUUUUAUUGUAAAGGCUUGGAUGUUUUCAACAAUUUUAAAUAAAAAUUCGCCAGUUAGUAUUUGUUAAUUUGCUGCAUCGUUUCCUUUCUUAUAAUUAUUUAUAUUGUCAAAAAUGUAGAUUAAAAUCGUAUUCAUUAUUCAAUAUACAUUUUAUCAACUUACUCCUCAUUAGUUUUGUAGACAAGUAUACUAAUAUUGUACGCGGAAAUAAAUUUCAUUUAAUACUAGAAAUAAUUGUCACUACAUAUAAAUAAAAAGAAAUCUGAUGAUGAU